CAUAUAUACGGUUAUUAUAUUUUAUUAAUAUAUAUAUAUAUAACAAUAAUAAAAGUGUACACGGUAUUAUCGUUAGUUGGUAAAAAUAUUUUUUGUGAAUUUCGUUAUUAUUUUUCAACUAUUUUCACCCGACCAUUGGCCCCGGAUUACGUCUGGACGCCUGACGUUUAGCGUGUCGACCGAUGCCGUGUACCUUUCGCGCCUCACCAACACCGGACUUUACCAUCAGCAUUCGUUGUCGUCGUCGUCGUUGUUAUUGUUGUCAAAAACUUUGUGGUCAUUUGUCAUUGCUGUAGUGCUCAGUGAAGGAAGUUGGCACUCGCUGCAGACUCCUUUCAAUUGUGACCACUGAAUUGGGUGCGGAAUGUGGUAGCCAACAAUAUAAUUAAACUGUUAAAGCGAUGCAGAAUGUAUUUUCCCGGGACAUGUUUUCAAUGGGCACAUUUGAUGGGGGAGUCAAGUGUAAUGGCCAUGUCCAAUUGUCUGGACGCACAUCAAAAAAAGACCGCAAGGGGUGUAAGAAAGAAAAAAUUGAAACUGUACUAAAAAACCGGUUCAUUACUCCAGCAAAAGUUAAGCAGCCUGUGAUUAAAUUGCCUAAAAUUAAUGUUAAAACUAAAAAUCAAGUCAUUAAGCCAGUUGAAUCAGUAAAGAAUAACACCACUGUUGAUCCUGUGGUGAAUAGACCAAAUCUCAAAGAUGAUGUUCUUAAGUUUAAAGAACUACUGUACAAUACUACAUCUCCAACACCUCCUCCUGUUGAUGUCCCCGAAAAAAUUGAUGAUCGUUUGUCCACCGUAAUUGAACCGUCUCCAAAAAAGUCAAAAGCCAAAAAACGAAAUAAAAAUAAGGCUGAUAAAAGUGUGUCUGUUGCAAAUAAAAAACCUGAUAAAAUAGAUCCUUUGAAUGAAAAUGAAAAAAACCAGUUGAGCUGUAGCAUAAUUACUAUUCCUCCUAAAAGAAAUCAUGCUAAGUUAAGUAAUUGGCAAAAAGAUUGUGGAACCAGACAUGAAACAUUGCAGAGGAUACUAAAAGAAUAUAAAAAGGAAGCUAAAUUGAGGGAAAACCUAUAUCCUUUAGAUUUAGUAUCAUCUGAUGCAUCUUCUGACACUGAUGAUCCAUUGAGUUUAGAGUUAGAGGAUGCACCGUAUCAAAGAUUUUGGUUACCUUCUGAUCUAAAUGAACCUUUAGAUCGAGAUGCUAAAGUGAAAAACUUGCGAUCAGUUCUUCGGCGAAGGUUUCAUCAAAUAUCUAAUCUUCCUGAUAACUCACCAUCUCCUGAUUUAGUAUUAGCAAUGACGAACGCUAUACGACAUGAUCCUAUUUGUAUCAACCAAUUAGUAUGCCAAGAGUCUGAUUUAAAACCUAAAUUUAAAAGUAUUGGUGGUGUGUCUAUGGUACAACAAAAAUGUUGUUUGGAAAGAUGCCACUAUCCUKCUAUACCGUGCACUCGUCAUUGUUUUAGACAUAUUUUACAAAAUGUUGAUCAACUCCUUUUUGAACACUGUUCUGCACGAACUGAUCAAGGACAGUGUACCAAUGCGGUGUUUAAUAUUCGUGAUGUACAGUCUUUGUGCUUUGACCAUUUGUACUCUAAAGACACAAUAAUUCCGACAAUAACUCCGACUGAAGAAGUACCUGCUGUCAAGUCUAAACCACGUAAAAGGCCAAAAAAUGCUCCAUUUAGUAAGCUGUCUAAGCGUAGUAAAAAGAAAAAGCAAUUGCCUAAAUUCCCACUUGAGCCUCCAUCAUAUACGGAGACAAUCGAACCUAAUACUAUUGAGCCAAUUACAUGUGCUAAUGAUCUGCCUCAAAAUAUAAAUUGUGAUGUUACAUCACUUUACUCAUCUGUUGCCAAUCCUGAUAUUUAUUUACAUCCUGUUGGUAGUAAUAUUAUUACACACGAAGUAGAAGUUGGUGACGAAGUACUUGCUGGCUUAGAUGCAGCAGAUUUAGCAAGUCAUGCAUCACGGUUAUUGGAUGAUCAUGAUGAUAUUACAAGCGUGUUCAGUCAAAUUCCUGUAGAUGCAUUCAAUGAUCUCUUUACUGUUGAUAAAAAUGGACAGUAUGUACCUUCUCGAGAAGAAACUGAAGAAUUAGAAAGAGCAUUGGAAGCUGUUGACAUGGAUGUCAGAUCACUUGAAAGAUUGUCACAGUCACACAUGGCCAAUAUUUUGGAUCCUGCUUCACUACUAGCAGACUUACCGAUACCUCCUUUUUCCAGCUCAUAGCAAAUUCAAGAUAAGAAACUUAAACAGGUGCACAGAUUAGUGAGAAGAGAAUUAAAAGUAAUUAGUUAAUAAUGACAAAAAAAAAAAUAAUAAUAAUAAUAAAUAGUUAUUCACUUAUGAUUAGUUGGUGUUAUUAUAUAAUUAUUUAUAAUGUAUUUUAACAACCAACUGGUAAGUUUGAGCAAUACUCAGUUGUUUUUGAGUACGAGGCUGCUUAAAAGCUUAGUAGAGCAUAGUUGUGGUGUUAUAGAUAACUUUUAAAAAAAUUAAAAAAACAAUGGUAUAUAAUAAAUUAUUAAUUAGGAAUUUUAAUAAUGUGUAUUCUCUACAAUGUGUAUACUUAAAACAUUGUAAUCCCAAAAUAUUAUACAAUCUUUUUUUUUACACUAUAAUUUCUCAAGACUAAACAUACUGUGAACCUCAAUUUUGGUAAACUACUCAUAAUUUUGUUGAAUUAAUAUUAGAUUAUGUAAUUUCUUAAAUUUAAUGAUAAAACAAGGAACACAAAUGUUUUGUUUAUUACAGUUGCACAUUCCAUUUGCAACGGUAAUUAUAUAUAUUUUUUUUUUAUCAAUACUUAACAUCACGGUAGAUUAUAAUCUACCGUGCUUAACAUCAUUUAUUACUAUUAUUUAUUUUUUAUAUUGUUCAAGCUCUUCCACAAUUAUGUAAAUAUAUUAGAAYGUGGCAAC